AUGGCGGCGUCGACGAAACCUCCGUUCCAGUCGGCAUGGCCGAACCUGCCGCUGGAUCUCCUGGGCGACGUGCUCUCCCGCCUCCCUUCCCUCGCCGACCGCGUCCGCCUCGGCGCCGUCUGCCGCCCGUGGCGCACUGCCGCCAAGCUCCUGCCCCCGCCCCCGCCGCAGCUCCCCUGGAUUGCUCUCCCUGACGGAUCCGCCUUGGACGUCGCCAACCAGAGACGGCAGCGUCUGUGUGUUCCAAAAGGCGACGGCCCUUGCUACAGCGCCGGCGAGAACAUGUUCUUCAUCCACCACGACGACGGGCGGUGCUCCUUGGUCAACGGAUUCUCCGGCGCGGCGACGCCUCUCCGCGAGCUGGCCGGCGCUCUCCUGGAGUCUUGCAAGGUAAAAGCCUUCGACGACAAGUUGGAGCGUAAGCUGUACCCGGAUAUGCAGAUCAAGAAGGUGGUGGUGUCCUCGGCGGCGCCAUCCUCGCCGAACCAUCAACAUCCACUUGUGGCCGUUCUAGUCAGCGACUCCUGUUUGUCCAGAGUCCUUAUUUCUACGUGCCGGCCGGCCGGCGAGAUCAACUCGUGCGUUGUGACGCGAGCCAUCCUCCUCAUCGUCGACAUCGCCUUCUUUCAAGGGAAGUUGUACGCGCACCUCCGAUCGUUCGAAGAGCUUGUCGCCGUCGAUCUCGGCAGUGGCUGCCUCGACAAGCCGACGCCGCUAGGCGUCAAGCACGAAGUGAAUCUGACCUCAUGGAUUUGGCCUCCUGGCCUACCGGAUCAGUUUUACGGAACUCAAUUUGCUCAGCUGAUUUUUGAUGGAAUCCUGUUUGUGGGAACGGGAAUUCACCGGUGUACUGCUGUUAUGGAUGGCUGGGUGAAGUGUCCCUUUUUCUUUUAAAUGAUGCUCUGGUUGAAAUUUGGAAGAAAAGGGACAUAAAUUUAUCUGCUGAAGCCUGGCGAUAA